ACCUGUAUAACUGGAUAGAAUACGAAGUUGAAAUGUAGCAAAAAAAGGAAACUAGGCAACGUUUUCGAUGUUGAUGUUUUAUUCUAAAACCUGUUCGCUUAAACUAGAAGUGACAAGUAAAAUGAUGUCCUGCAUCUUUGUUCGUUAUUCUUUGGAAUACCGAGGCAUUUUGCGUGUGUUACCAAAUUCAUCACUGAAAACUGCUUUUCUUAAGAAACCUUGGGAUGGGACAGUGUUUUCCACCAGCAAGUUUGUACAAACUGAGAAAGAACACAAUGCAAAAUUGGUUAAAUUAACCCUUGCUGAAAGACUCGUGAAUGGCUCCCCCAAGGAAAUGCAGCCAUACCUAAGACUCAUGAGAAUAGAUCGUCCUAUAGGAACGUGGCUACUAUUUUGGCCCUGUGGAUGGAGUGUAACCUUAGCAGCACCUGCAGGAAAUUUUCCUGAUAUUGGCAUGUUGAGUCUUAUGUUGGCUGGUUCUAUCGUGAUGAGAGGAGCAGGUUGCACCAUAAAUGAUAUGUGGGACAAAAAAAUUGAUCAACAGGUUGAAAGAACCAAAGAUAGGCCUUUAGCCAGCAAUCAAAUCAAAGCUCUUAAUGCCUGGGUUUUUUUGGGGACACAACUGAGUGUGGGACUCCUUAUUCUGUUGCAAUUGAACUGGUACAGCAUCCUUUUGGGAGCAAGUUCAUUAGCAUUGGUUGUAUCUUAUCCUUUAAUGAAACGUGUUACAUAUUGGCCUCAACUUGUUCUUGGCCUCACCUUUAACUGGGGAGCAUUACUUGGGUAUUCUGCCAUCAAAGGUUAUUGUGAUUGGAGCGUGUGCUUGCCACUCUAUGCUGCUGGAGUAGCGUGGACUUUGGUCUACGAUACAAUAUACGCCCACCAAGACAAGUACGACGAUGCUGUCGUAGGAGUUAAGUCAACUGCUUUGAGAUUCGGUGAAUCCACUACAAAAUGGCUCACGGGGUUUAGCUUGAUCACUGCUACUGGAUUUACUAUUGCCGGAAUCAAUGCAAAUCAAUCUUGGCCAUAUUAUAUGGCGGUUUUAGCAACCAGUGCACACUUAAUUUAUCAAAUAUCAACAGUAAAGAUCAACGACCGUGAAAGUUGCGCGAAAUUAUUUAAAUCAAAUAGGGAUAUCGGCGCCAUACUCUUUUUGGGUUGCAUUCUUGGCACAUGGUGCCAAUGAAUUCGAUUUUUUAAAUUUAUUUUUUUGUUAUUGAUACAAAUAUAUUUGUGGCAGGCAAAAUUUACCCGCUUUGCUCAAAGUGUAAUGGUUAUACUACACUUAAAUUAACUAAUCAACAUAAAAUUGCUGUGUUACGGUCCUAUGUCAUUACUAUUAUUUUCCAUUGUAUGCUAUAAAGGUAUACUAUUAUCUUUUCUUUUGGGUAUGAAAAAUGUUUUACGUUGUAUGGAUGAAAUUUCGCGGAAAAAUUUGGACACGAAAAAAAAAACAAGGCCUAUUGUUAAAACAAUAUA